GCCCUCCCGGCGCUGAGGCGAUGGCGACCAGCCCGCUGCCCAGUCCCACCGACAUCUUGCUGCCCUCACCGUCCAGCGCGUACCCGCCGGGCCCCAUGAACCAGCCGAGGGCCGGCCACGCCGCCAUGAAGCCCAACCAAAUGGGCCAGGUGAUCCUCUACGGCAUUCCCAUCGUCUCCUUGGUCAUCGACGGGCAGGAGAGGUUGUGCCUGGCGCAGAUCUCCAACACCCUCCUUAAAAACUUCAGCUAUAACGAGAUCCACAACCGGCGGGUGGCUUUGGGCAUCACCUGCGUGCAGUGCACACCGGUGCAGCUGGAGAUCCUCCGGCGGGCCGGGGCCAUGCCCAUCUCCUCCCGUCGCUGCGGGAUGAUCACCAAACGGGAGGCGGAGCGGCUCUGCAAAUCCUUCUUGGGGGAGAACCGGCCCCCCAAACUGCCGGAUAACUUCGCUUUCGACGUGUCCCAUGAGUGCGCCUGGGGUUGCCGAGGCAGCUUUAUCCCUGCCCGCUACAACAGCUCCCGGGCCAAGUGUAUCAAGUGCAGCUACUGCAGCAUGUACUUCUCCCCCAACAAGUUCAUCUUCCACUCCCACCGCACCCCCGACGUCAAGUACACCCAGCCCGACGCUGCCAACUUCAACUCCUGGCGCCGGCACCUCAAGCUCACCGACAAAAGCCCCCAGGACGAGCUGGUCUUCGCCUGGGAGGACGUCAAGGCCAUGUUCAACGGCGGCAGCCGCAAGCGGACCCUGCCGCCCGCCCCUCCUGCUCCCGCCGCCUGCCACCCGCUGGGCUCGGUGAAGGCGGCAGCCGCCGUGGUGGGCGGCGGGUUGCUGAACCCGCACGUCCUGGCCGCUCCGCCCGAGCUGCACCAGAAGCGGCCGCGCUUCGAGGAGGACGAGGAGAUGCAGGAGGCCGUGGCGGCGGCGGCACACGGCGGCAAGAGCCCGCGGAGCUAUCCGGUCAUCCCGAUGCCCAGCAAGGGCUCCUUCGGCGGCGUGCUCCAGAAGUUCCCCGGUUGCGGGGGGCUCUUCCCGCACCCUUACAGCUUCCCUGCCGCCGCCUUUGGUCUCUGCCACAAGAAGGAGGAGGGAGGCGGUGGCGGGGCCGAUGCCCUCGGCGGGGAGGCGGCACAAAAGGGCGGAGGGGCCGCGGCGGGCGGCGGCCUCUCGGGGCUCUUCUGGCCGGGAAGGAAGAACGCCGCCUUCUACCCGCCUUUCUGCAUGUUCUGGCCGCCCCGCACACCGGGCGGGCUGCCGGUACCCACUUACCUGCAGCCGCCGCCAGAGCCCCCCGGUGCCCUGGGCUGCUCGCUGAGCGACGGGGCGGGACUGCUGCGCCAGGCCUUCCUGGACCUCUCGGAGCCCGGCGGCGGCGAAGCGGGGACCGCGAGGCUGGGCACCCUGCCCGCUCCCGCCGCCGCCGCUGCCGCGCGGAACCCGCUCUUCGAGUCGCCCUCUGGCGGCGGCGGCGCGGAGCCCGCCUCGCCCGGCGCCUUGGAGGGUGGCGGCGGCGUGCGGGUCCCCGCGCAUCACCCGCACCUGUUGGAGGUGGCGGGCGGCAGGUACCACCACUCCAGCGCCUUCCGACCGGUGGGCGGCAAGGAGGACUCGGAGAGCCUGGCUAAGCUGCACGGCGGCGGCCCGCCCCGAUCCGCUUCGCCGCUGCAGCUGCUGCUGCCGCCGCCGCCCUUGGAGGCGGGUUGCGAGCGGCACCCGCUCCCCCCGCCGUACCCCCCCGCCCGCCUCCUCUCGCCCGGCGGCACCAGCUGCAGCUUCGCCAGCGAGGACAGCAGCGAGGAGGAGGAGGACGAGGAGGAGAAGGAGGACGAGCCCAAGGUAGACGUCGAGGGGCACAAGCCCCCCGAAGAGGAGGAAGAGGAGGAGGAGGGCGAGGAAGAGCCCCUUGGCGGAGACCCCUUGGCGGUCGGCGGCUGCUUCCCGCCCCCCCGGGGCCUGCCGGAGAAGGGCGGCCGGGAGCGCCCCGCCUCCGACUCCUUCCCCUGGCCGCCCGCUGAGGAGAAGCCCGGGGAGGGCCAGGCCCCAGCGCAGCCACCUCCCGCGCCGCCCCAGGCGGGCAGCGGCGGCAGCAGCCCGGCGCACCAUCCCUCCCUGGAGGAGCAGCCCAGCUACAAAGAUAAUCAGAAGAGCAAGGAGAGUAAUCAAAUCAUCUUGUCUACAAAAGAGGACACCUUCUCAGAUAAGAACAAGAAGCAUAAUUUUUUCAUCACAGAUUCAGAGCCUUCAGGAGGAGACUUCUGGAGAGAUAUAGCAGGCGAACACACACAAGAAACCAAUUCACCUCAUUCACUGAAGAAGGAUGUAGAAAACAUGGGGAAAGAGGAACUGCAGAAGGUUUUGUUUGAACAGAUCGACUUACGGAGGAGACUAGAACAGGAAUUCCAGGUGUUGAAAGGAAACGCGUCAUUCCCAGUCUUCAAUAGUUUUCAAGAUCAGAUGAAGUGGGAACUGGCAUACAGAGAAGAAAUGGUACAGCAGCUACAAAUUAUUCCCUAUGCAGCAAGCUUGAUCAGGAAAGAAAAGCUAAGUGCACACCUCAGCAAAAGCUAAAGAAGCACAGGAUCUUUUGCAGCUGUUCCCUUGUAAGUUAUAACCCACCACUCAGAAACCUGACUUGUAUAAAGACUGAGAAAAUGGAAGGGCUUGGGAAUUUAAAGAACAAACAAAACAAAUCAGGUUCCUCUGAACCCAAGGACGAGUGACCUCAAAGCAUCAUGGACAACCAUGUAAAAUAGAAUGUAGCAGCCAUUUAUUAGUAAAAACAAAACAACAACAACAAAUUCCUGUCCUGGAUCUUUUUUGGUAGUACCAAAAUUUAAGUCUUUGUGUUUUUAGAAGGACUACUGAACUUGAUAGAGAAAAUGCUUUUGAUGAAUUGUACAGAUAAGCUGUGAAAGGAACUGCUGAUACUUUUAAUACCACAAACACUGACAACAUCUGCCAGUUCAUCUGUUGCUUUUGAAUAGCUAUUGUUUAUGGAAAGAAAUGUGCGUUUUACUGGAUGGGCCAGAACCACAUUUGGAUGAAUGGAUAGAUGGACAGACGGACAGAUAGAGCAGCAUUAGCCAUACACAGUGCUUUUUACAAAGCAGACUGGAAAUUCUUACACCCCUCUCCCUCAAGUCCUUUCCUCCUCUGGUAUUUUGCCUGCUGUUUGAAUUAAGAUUGUACUCCUCUGGAAAUAUUUUACAAUUCAAUAUUGAGUGUAAUUAAGAAUAUAAUCACUGGUAUAAAAAAAAAGGUAUUUAACUCUGUUGUAGUUUCUUUAUCAUUCAUGUGGAUAAAAAGUCUAUAAUAAAAAAAAAAACAAAAAAAAACCCAAAACUAUGAGAUAAUAGAUGAGCUUCCCUGUAAUUUAAUGCUAUGCUUACUCCACUAAAGAAAAGAACCGGGAAAUUUAUCCCAAAUAAUAUAUUUUUA